AUGGUGGUUGUGGUGGUGGUGGUGUCGUUGCCCAGUUGUCACUUCAGCAGAGUGAAGCAGCGACGACGACGGUUGGUGCAGAACGCCACCAUUUCUGGCGAUGUAUAUAUUCAUCCAUCUGCAAAGGUUCAUCCAACAGCCAAGAUUGGUCCCAACAUUUCAAUUUCUGUCAAUGCUCGUAUAGGAGCUGGUGUGACUUGUGUGCCUCGUCAGUUGGGUGCGGUGAUGGUGGUGGAUUUUGCUGUAGCGGAUGUGGCUGUGGUGGUGCGGCUAAAUUCUUUGCUUAGAUUUGAUGCAAAGAAUGGGAAUUCAACUUCGUUUCGGCCUGAUGUAAAUGAGAGGGAUUUAAAGGGAGAAUCUGCCUUGUCCCUGGCUGUUAAAUUUGGAAAUGUUGAUUCUGUUCAGGUUUUGAUUGAAUCAGGUUCUACAAUAGACAACAAAAAUGACAGAUUUUUACACGAAACCGCAGCUUCAGGACAGGUCGAUUUAAUGGAAAUCUUGUGUUUAGGCUAUGUGGAUAUCGAUUUGAAUUCAGUAAAUUCUCAAAACCAAACAGCCCUUCACGUAGCAACAAUUCAUGGACAUGUUGAAGCACUUCAAUUUCUUCUUUCUAUAGGAAGUGAUCCCGAUAUUACUGAUUCUAAUGGAUGGACGCCGCUCCAUUUUAUUCGCCGCUGUCCGUACGACGCUCGUCGCGGUGGUGGUGGUGUUACUGUUGUUGUUGUGGUGGUGAUGUCGACGGUGGUGACGGCAUCACUGGUGGGUGCUGUUGGUGUUGUAGUGCUUUGGAGUAGCAAGAUGGGGUGUGGGUACUGUUGGUGUUGUAGUGGUGGUGGCGGUGAGACAUUAGUGAUGGUGAGAUGUUGCUGA